CUCGCAGCAAGCCACGCGAUUGGACAGCUUCCUCCCUUUCCUUGCUGUGCCCCCAGAACAGCUUGCAACAACCAACACGGACACCUUGACGACAGCUGGGCGACACUCGACAACAUGACUUCUCUAAAGCGCAUGAAGGGGAUCGCGAUCUCGAGACCCAUUAUCUACGGCAAUUCGGCCACACCGCUGAACGGGAAGAAGGUCGGCGACUCGGACCAUACUCAUCGCUGGACCAUCUCUGUGCGAGGAAUCAACAAUGAGGACAUCUCCUAUUUUGUCCGCAAGGUUGCCUUCAAACUUCACGACACAUACGAUAACCCCAACAGAGUGAUUGAGAAACCACCAUUCGAAGUAACAGAGACAGGAUGGGGCGAAUUCGAUAUUAUCAUCAAAAUCCAUUUUGUACAAGCGAGUGGAGAAAAACCGCUCACACUCUACCAUCGCCUGAAGCUGCACCCAUAUGAAGAGGAUGGUCCAGGGAAUCCAUGGCCGAAACAGAAACCUGUCACCAGCUACGCAUAUGACGAGAUCGUGUUCAAUGAGCCGGUUGAUAGUUUCUACAACAUCCUACAGGAUAACUCGACAUCCAACAUCCCACUGAAAAAGACGCCCCAUCAUCAAUUCAGUUUACAGGCUGAGCAGGAGGAAAUUGAACGCAUUGACAAGGCUAUCAAAACCACAGCACAGGAGAUCGCAAAGCAUCGGGAGCGGUGUAAGCGGCUCGAAGCAGAAUUGUCUGCAAAAUGAUCAUACUAAAGCCAUAUCCUGCGGUCAUCCCAUCAUGAAGCAUGCUCUGCAGCAAAGGAUCUAGCAUAUGGGAUACACAACUGUCCAUGUAAAAUAAAACAAAAUAAAAAAAGACCGAGAAUAACAGCUGUUAUACAC